AUGGAUGAUGAUCAGCCAAGGCAGUCACAGGUCCUAACCAGCAAUAUGAAGAACUUGGUGGUGCAGUUCCUCCUCAAGCACAGCCACUUAGGAGUGCUCAGAAGAGGUACUGUUAUGGAGGCAGCAGGGGAGUUUAGCAUCAGCAGAAAGACAGUAUACAGGCUGUGGAAGGUAGCAAAAGAUCAGAUGCAGCAAGGGGAACCUGCAAUCAUGGAAGGAAAGCUUAAAGGAUAUCAACAUGCAGAUAAGUUAAAUCUUGAUGAAGAUAAGGUCAGAAAUCUAUCAAUACUUCAAAGGUCUUCAAUUAGAACCAUGGCAUGUAAUUUGUCUGUCAGCAAGACCACAAUUCAUAACUGGAUUAAGCAAGAUAAACUAAGGCCUCAUACAAAUGCUAUCAAACCUGCCUUGACUGAGCUUAAUAAAUUAGCUAGGUUGAAAUGGUGUCUUACUCAACUUCAGCCAUCCAUAACUCAAGGAAAAGUUCAUUUUCAUGGCAUGCACAAUAUAGUCCAUAUUGAUGAAAAAUGGUUCUAUAUGACCAAGACAUCAGACAGAUAUUACCUCUUGCCGGAUGAAGAUGAGCCAUAUAGGUCAUGCAAGUCAAAGAGGUACAUCACCAAGGUGAUGUUCAUGUGUGCUGUUUCUAGGCCACAGUUUGACAGUGAGGGGCAGCCCACAUAUGAUGGUAAAGUGGGAAUAUUUCCCUUCACUGAAGCUGUUCCAGCUCAAAGGAAAUCAAAGAAUAGAGAUAGAGGGACCUUGGAAACAAAGCCAAUUACAACACUGAAUAAGGAAGUGAUGAGGGGCUGCAUCAUCCACAAGAUCAUACCUGCAAUUAAGGCCAAGUGGCCUGAUUGGGCAAGUAAGGAGAUAUACAUACAACAAGACAAUGCUACACCGCACAUAACUGCCACAGAUCCAGAAUUUCAGGCUAUUGCCAACUCAGAUGGAUUUAAAAUCCAUCUGAUUUGUCAACCACCAAAUUCACCUGACACUAACAUAUUAGACCUAGGAUUUUUUAGGGCUAUACAGUCACUGCAGCAUCAGAAACCAUGCAGGAAUGUGGAUGAACUGGUGGAAAAUGUAUGCAAGGCUUAUGAAGAGCUGACACCACAGACCCUCAACAGAGUUUUCCUCUCCUUGCAGGCUUGCCUCACCCAGAUCCUACAAUUCAGAGGGGACAACAGCUACAAAGUUCCACACAUGAACAAGGAUAGGCUUGAAAGAACAGGGGGACUACCCAAUGUGUUAGAAGUGGAUGAAGAUCUUGUGAGAGAGGUGCUGGAGUACCUACGGCAGCCAGAGAACAAUGAUGGUUCAGGGUAUGACAUUGGGCCUCUAACUGAUGCAUUUGGCUUCUAG